GUUAUUCACUGCAAAAGCGCGAGAGAGAUUUACAGACACAUGACAGUUUGCUGGUUUCUCACCAAGAGUGGAGACCACGUGGUGCAGACUCUGCCUCCUUUAAACUUGGUCCUGUACAGGGGAGACCACUGUCAACAAUGUCUGCUCAUCCGUCGUCUGGUCAGGAUCAGCGACCUAAAGGAGGAGGUGGUAGACAGAGUUCUAGAGGCGGUGGUCGGGUCAAAGUUUACCUACACGCUGUGACUGAUGAACAGGUGACAAUACUUACAGAUACAGUGAACACACGCCCCCUGGAAGAGGUAAAGAAAAACACAGGCGCUGACAUACAGUUUGACCCCAACCCCUCACCUGUACCUGGUAUGAAGAUUCUUAUCAUCCGCGGUCUUCCUUCUCAGAUCGAGGCGGCAGUCAGGCUCAUCAGCCAGAAGACUGGUUUAAAGGUCUUCACACAGGACCCAUUACCAGACCAGGCCCAGACAUUCUGGCUACAGUGGGUGGAGGCCGCGUUCCCUCAUCUCGACUCUCGCGCCUACUUCCUGCCUCCUGUCUACGUCAACCGCGUGCCCAUGACCAGACAGACAGCUGCUGGUCAGGAGGUUCUCAUCCUACAGUCAGCACCUGGACAGGCCGGUCAGUCUAUCCAAGUGCCAACGAGUUCAUCUUCUGCUGCUCAUCCGUCCAUUCCACAGCCUCCUCGUCUUCAGGACAGUGAUGUCGGAGACGAUGCUGCCAUGCAGCGGAUUUUUGUCUGUCUUCAGAAAAUGUUUGAAGAGAACAGCGAUGUGAUUGUUGGACUGACUCACCUUCAGUUCGGACAGUACCUGAGUGAACCUUGUUACGCUGCCGCCGCUACCCACCUACCACGACCCUCCAACCUUCCUCCUUCUCUACCACAAAGCUGGAAACAGGGAGACUUUAAUGUGCUUCUCAUUCAUCGACAGUACGGACUGGUAGUCUGUGAGGUAAAGGCAGUGGGUGACCAUAUCAAAGCUGUAAACAUGUCACAGCAGGAUAUAGACAACAACAUUAGACAGAAACUGAGUAACGCCGUGUCACAGCUGGACAAGGCGGAGGCCAUGUUGUCUCACCUGGUGUCCGACAUCGCUCCCGGUCUGCCCGUCACUAAGGUCAUCGCCUUCCCCAACAUCACGACUCGUCAACUUCAACAGGCCAUCUCCGGUGACAGCCUCCUCAUUCAGGUUUCAGUAUCUUUCUGUUACCUUACAAGUCUUCUAUAAUAUACCAUUCAAAAUACCUAAAUGUGUAAAAAA